AUGCCUUCACCGCACCACGGCCGCGCGCCCGCCGCUUUUAGCCAGAGGAGCCCGUACCAGGCGUACAAGAGUCCGUUCGGACCUCAGUACAAGCCCGCCGCCCACUUCCACGGCAUCACCGCACGCCACGUCGCGAAGUACGGCACUCUCGCAGCCGGCUUCGGCGGCGUCGCCGGCUUCUUCGCGCUCUUCUUCUUCGCCGAGGUCCCGCGCGUGCGCAACGACAUCAUGAUGAAGAUCCCCAUCCUUGGCGACUACUUCAUUGUCGAGGUGCCCCCGGAGGACAACCCCUUCUAGAUGCCGAAUCUCGAGAAGGAUGGAGAGGGGCUGGGGGAAGUGUAUCAUACAUGGACUACGGAGAGGUGGUGGCGUGGUGUAUACUAGACCGCUCGUGAGCUGCGGAAUAGACUUGUUUCUUCUGUUCAGGAAGUGUGCUGCUCUGCGCUGGAUUGGUUCAUUUGUGUGAUGGCUCGCUUGUUUGGAAAGGCAUUGACUACAUCAGGACUCCGUCUAUCCACCCCGACCCGACGCGCCAUGCGCAACAGAAAUGCAAU